AUGUCCUUCUACCCUGCCCGUUGGUCAUGCCAGCACCGGUUUGCUGUUGCCAACUCCCUCGUUUUCUGGCAUCCGUUGGAGCGGUUUCUGGCUGCUCAGGCUGCUCAGGUUCUGCUUGACGAAAUGGCGCCGCCCGACAUAAAGAGCGGCAUCGUGCCUGCCGUCUUCUGUCGUCUUCUUUCGCCUCAGCACACGCUCACGACCCCUCUUCUGCCGCUGCGACGAGCGACCAUCUCCCAGCCAUGGCCCAGCGGAUGCUCCCCGAUUGUCGCCCUCGACAAACAAAAGCAACCGUAG